GAUUAUUACAAGGUUUCCCGUGACACGAAGUGCGUUUUAAGUGACGAAGCCAAGUGAACGCAUCUUCACGCUCUAUUCAUUCUGCUUUCCCGGAGCCAAAUAAGCUUUCUGGCUUCUACUGCUUUCCAGAGCAUCGUGCGUUCACACAUUAGCGUUCGUGCUACACAGCUGUGCGCAUACGACAGCGUCCUCAAGGCCGAGCUAAAUUUAUGCAAUACUUUCUUCGGACGCUGAUCAACGCCGACGGUGUUUCUUCGGUCUGUUCUCGUGCAUCAUCGAGGAGAGUUGCAGUCUCUAAGGAAGCUCCACGUUACACCAGCGCUCUGAGAUUGGGGAAUUAUUCUGAGACGCCCUACAGCACCUACAGCACCAACGAUGAAGCUUGCCGUUACCUUCAACGCUUUUCCUUGGGGCGAACUGCUAUAGUUUUCACUGCACUCCAAAUAUUGUGCUAACGCGGAAAGACGAAGAAGAGGAAGUAGCCAGAAGAUCAACGCUGCGCCGACGGUGGUGUUCGGGUCGGGUUCGGGACAAGUAGGGUGCGCACUUUCAGCUGGUGACGCUGCAGUUUUUUUUUCGAGCUUUAAGAUGGCGAGAAGCAGCAACAUGGAAGGGAUUCGCCCGUACUUCACGGACCAGGAAUGGGUAAAGCUUCCCGAUUACAUGAAGACUCGCUACGGCAACAUCAAGGCAAACUACGACAUGAUGGUCGCACUGGGUCUUCAGCCACCAGUUCCGGAGUUUAUGAAUCCCAAGCCUGCAGCUCGUAAGGUUCCAGCGAAGUCGAAGGCCGGGGGCAUAAGCGGCCAAAAAACAAAGCGAACAAAGCCCAGAGACCCAGAACCCGAACCGCGAGCACCAUGGGAAGCACCAGUGAGGCGAUCGAAGCGGACAAAGGCGACAAUAAUAAACGCCUCGGUAGACAAAGACGCACAAAGCAGCUCCUCAAGCGAACCACGUUACCCGAAGAGAAACCGGAAACGCAUCAAGUACGCGGAGAGUGAAGACGCUUCGGAUGAAGAAACUCCGACGACUAAAGUCAGCGAAACGCGCUGGCCAACUCGAAUAUUUCCUUCAAUGCGCAUCGAGCGCGAAGCGCCUGACAACGACCCGUUAAAGAGCAACGAUGGUUGUUCUCUUGAAGAACCUAAUAAAUGCCCAGCCCACGGACCAUCGUUUUUUGUCAAACGGGUGCCACUCCAAGACUUCGAGCGAGCCAGAAAAAGUUUGCCCGAGGGCCUCGCAGUUCUCCGUUCUAAGAUUAAGGGAGCACAACUUGGAAUCUUCACCAUGGUGCCACUUGCCCAGGGUCAUUGCUUCGGUCCUUACGCCCACUCUAGUGGGAAUGGCAGUGACAACAGUGAAGCUGCUGACCAGGAACUGGCUGAAAAGGCAACUUCGCAAAACAAGGAGACUAGUCCAGAUAUAGCAAGGUGGAUUCGAUACGUCAACUGCGCUCCCAGCGAGAACGAGUGCAACCUCGUGGUCCUGCAACAGGCCGGGUUCGUGUACUACCAGACGUGCAAGUGCGUAGAACCUUCCAAGGAGCUCCUGCUGUGGUGUGGAGUGCCGCCGAUGCUUUGGCAAUUCGGAUUGGCAGAUAAAACAGCCGACGGCUUCACUCGCAGGCGACAACGCGCCACGUCGAGGGCAGCGGUCACAUGCGACUCCUGCGGGUUCUGCUGAACAUCGAAAUAUCUGCUGGACCGACAUGGUGGUAUCGCGCACCCUCUCCCAGAGCACGCGAAGCAACAGUGCCGGUGCUACCUACAUUACAUUAAUUAAAGGUCCCACAGAGGAUACAA